AUGCGCUUCCCCACAGUCUCGACGCUGCUGGCCCUCGCCGGCGCAGCCACUGCCGCAUCGUCAUGGACCUUUUCUGACGCAACCGUCACCGUGUCAUCCAAGGCUGGCGGUGACGUGGUCGACAAGUUUUCGGGUACUGAGAGAGUCAAGAACGCAGUCAAGCUGGGACAUCAAGAUACCAUCAAGAUAUCCUUGACGACCAAGGAGGGCUCCAAGCCGAAGCGCCCGCACCAGGCCUUCCUCGUCAUCAAGGAGUCGUCGGGCCUUGAGGCUCCCUUUCCCUUGACCGUCAAGGAAUCUGGCAAGGGAACGGUCCGGAUUACCCAGAAAGACCUCCCCGUGCAGCUCCUUCGCUCUAAGUCUCCCCUCGAGGCCAGCCUUAUCCUAGGCUCGACCGGGUCGACGGCGGGCUCCGUGACACGCGUCUUCGACAUUUCUCUGAAACUCGACCCCAACGGCCCCGCACCGAGCUACGAAGCUCCUUUCCCAUACGGUCCGCUGCCUGAGAUCCACCACGUCUUCCGCGACGACCCCAAGAACCCGCCCAAGAUUGUCUCGCUCGUCUUCUCGUUGGCUGUCGUGGCCACCGUGCCAAUCCUCUUCGUUGGUUGGCUCUUGCUCGGGGCGAACGUGAGCCAUGCUCAGAAGGCCCUAGGCAGCGCCCCAAUUUCCCACGCCGUCUUUUUCGGGUCCUUGGUAGCCAUGGAAUGCGUCUUCUUCAUGUACUACAGCAGCUGGAACCUGUUCCAGACACUGCCAGCAAUUGGCAUCGUUGGCGCCGCCGCAUUCCUCAGCGGAACAAAGGCCCUGGGCGAGGUGCAGCGUCGACGCGAGGCGGGCGAGAGGUGA